GUGAUGUGAAAAACAAUCAGUAUCAGACAUUUGCGAAAUAUCGACUUUUAAGUUUUACGGCAAUUCACAUUUUCAGUUGUUCAUAGUUAUAUUUUGAAAACUUGGUUAACAGACUAUUGAAAAUAUAAAUCCAUCCUGUAGCAUUAUUAUUGGUACAAGUAGGUAGAUAACAAUGAGUGGGUCGUGGGAAGAGUUCUUCGCCACUCACCUGCCGCCGACAGACUUCGAAGACAAUCGCUCUCUCCUCAAGGAGUUCUGCGACAGACACCACCAGCAGGGUCACAAGAUUGUACUCGUCACUUCUGGAGGAACGACGGUGCCCCUGGAGCACAAUACGGUGAGGUUCGUGGAUAACUUCAGCGCGGGCAGACGAGGCGCCGCCUCCACUGAGUACUUCCUGGAGCAUGGCUACGCGGUCAUAUUCAUGCACCGACAGAAAUCACUCGAGCCCUUCGCCAGGCAUUUCAGCGGACCCAAACUAUUGGACAUGCUUGAGAUGCACGAACAUGGGAAUAAUACCACUAUUACAGUGAAACAGGAUAGUGUGUUCGUGUUGGCGCCAGUGCUAGCUCGGUACCAGGCCGCCCUAGCCGCGGGCGCCAUUUUGCAUCUGGCCUUCACCACGGUGUCCGAUUAUUUCUGGUUGCUGCGUGCGGCGUGCGAAGUAUUGGCCAAGUUUGGACCCAGGGCAGUUCUGUAUCUAGCUGCGGCCGUUUCCGACUUCUAUGUACCUAAGGAUAGAGUUCCUACCCACAAAAUACAGACAGAAAGUGGUGCACCCGUGAUCCAGUUACAACUGGUUCCCAAGUUGUUAGCGCCACUCGUGAGCCUCUGGGUGCCCAACGCGUUCGUCGUGUCCUUCAAACUGGAGACAGAUGAGAGCAUACUGAUCAGUAAGGCGAAGGCAGCGCUCGAAAAAUACAAACAUAAGGUGGUAGUAGCAAACAUGCUGCAGACCAGAACGCAGCGUGUAGUCGUGGUCACUCGGGAGUUAAACCAAGAGAUAGUUCUCACCAGGGAAGAGGUCCAUGCAGGUAUGGAUAUUGAAGCGCCAAUAGUGAGUGAGAUAGUUCGCCUGCACGGGGAGCACGAGACGGAACGAGGGGCGGGGGGUGGCCGCUGAGAUUGUGCUUGCCGUCUAACUAGGUUGUACCUGACCGGUCAUAGCAGGUAGGCAUUACCCUGGCGACUAGAGCUGCUAGGUUAUACCCCACUAUAGUAGAUAGACUAAGGUAUUACCUAACCGACUCAGGCCCGGUAUCCACCAAAACGCAGAGGAGAUGUAUAUAUUUUGAUAACCAAUCAGAUUUCGUUAAUUCCACAUCUUCGGUAGAAAUGGAUCAAGCGAGGAGGUUCGUGCCGUGUCGCGCGAUCAAGCAUGUAGGCGGGGCUUUCGUAGACAUCGCUUGACUGAUUUCGAGCUCUCACAGCUCACAUCUCCUCUCUUAGGUGGAAAUAACGUGACAGAUUCGCGGCUUACCUCCUCUCGUCUACUCUCCUCUUCCCCUUUGGUGGAUAUUAGGCCUAUAUUGGCUUGGUAAUAUCAUACCGGCUAUUGUAGCUAUGUUAUACUAUAGCAGGUAGGAUGUAUUUGAAUAAUAACAAUUAUUGUUAGACGGUGUGAUCAACACGUAUCUUAAAGGACGAUAAAAUAAGUGAAUACACGGGAUUAAUAAAAUAUCUAUAUUUUACCAUAAUCAAUAUUUUAAUAUGGCCAGACAGUGAUCAAAAAAAGGUUGGAAUAACUAUAUUAUGUUUAGAAGACAUAAUAUUUUAUACACUAUAACAUAGUGUACACAAUAUUUAUUAAAUAUAAAAAAAUUGAUUAAAUUUGUACCCUAAAAUUAUGUUAAUUAGGUUUAUUUUACUUAUUGUAAUAAUUAUUAUUAUGACGGGUACUUACGAUAUAUAUUUUAUUAAUUUGGUGCCGAUAUUUUGGUCCAAUUGCAUGAUUCGUGGUCGCGGCGGAACUGCGGUGACGGCGACAAACUCUUGACACUUGACACUAAUAGUACAUCAAUCUGUCCACUUGGCGACUAACGGCCGUUCCCAAUAUUCAGUCUAUCUCUUACUUAAGAUAAAAAUCGUAACUAUCGUUGACUUUUCUGUCCCAAUACACUUUUCGACGGUAACUCACCUUAUCCGUGCACGCUGUCUGUCAAUGGGACGACGUAUAGCUUACCAGCGAUAUAUAGUUUGUAUGGAAAUUUCAAUUCACGCAUCCCAAUAUAAGGCGAUAAGAAUGACUUAUCGGGUAUAUUGGGGCAGCUUCAGAUUAUUGACAGCUAAUUACUGACAUUAGAAGGUAAUAAUUUAUCUCUAUCUGUAGAUAGUAUAUUCUUUGAUCCCUUAAUUCACGGCACUCACUACCGUCGACGCCUGUAUAUAUCUUGAGUACUCGUCAUAAUAUUUACAAUGCGAAAGUUCCGCGAUGAUAAAAGUUUAAAAAAUAUAUUUUACUUCCAAUGUAUUUCUUUGAUUUUAGCUUUUAACUAUUAUAAAUUGUACUUCGAUAUAUUCACGGGUUUUACUGUAACACAAACAACAUAAUAUAUGUAUGUAAUUAUUAAAACUUGUUUGUUUAAAAAAAAAUGUUUUCUUUUAUUAAAUUAAUGAUUAUUAGACAUUAAAAUUGAAAAUUAUUACUUUUAGAACCUAUUUUAUGUAUGAAUGUUGUAUUCAAAAUGUACAUAAAAUUGUUAUUAUAUGAACAAAAUUGUAAAAAAAAUGAUUUUACCCCAUUAAAGUCCUAUUUGCGUGUUGGCAUUUAGCUAAAGUGACAUAAAAUUAACAAUGUUAUUGAUAUAUAUCUAUAUACAAGUAAUGUACGAUAUGUUCAGAGAAAAUGUGCUGCCAUCUGUGUCUUGAGUCUUAAAAUUUUAAAUUUACCUUUAAAACUACAUCUUUCAUAUCUGUACGUAAUAUGUAGUAAUUCAUAUAUCGUAAGUGUAAAGAUUGUUGUAAACAGAACACAACUAUUUAAUUUUCUUUCCAAAGUGUUUUUAUUAGCAUUUCACAUACAAUUUGAAAGGAAAUUAACAUACAUUUUGUCUACAGCUUUUAUAAAUACACUUCCUGUAUCAUAAUUACAAAGCGCCACCAAUAGUGUUUGUUUGGAAAUAUUAUAAGUCGCCAUUAAUUAUAUUGUAACGGUUAAUACAGUUGCAAAAAGAGGCUGAAGUAAUAGUUAUCAUGUCCCUGUCACUACAGCCGGCACAACUUGCAAGGUAUGCCUUACGCGUUUGUGUUAGUAUCCGCCAUUUUGUAUUUUACUCGCAGUGACAUCAUGUUACGAUCACUGAGUCUUUUUUAGAAUUUUUGACAUUAUGCCGUUUCAAGCAAACAAUUUAAUAUAAUAGAUAUUUUAACUAUAUUUUUUUAAAUAAUUUGAAAGAGUCAUUAUCAUAUCAUAUGGGAUUUUGUCAAAUGUAUUAAUUGACGUUGGCACUGACAGCUGUCAGUCUGUUGACACGUGGCUUGAGGGUUUGUUAGAAAUAUUGUGAAGAAGAAAUGUUAAUGAGUAAAAUGGUGAGAUUACUCUCAGAAUAUUAUUCAUAUUCGUAAUAAUAUUUAGGACAGUGACUAUCUAAUAUGUACAAAAUUCUAUUAAAAAUCAUGUAUUUGUUAUUUAGACAAAAAGUUGUUAAUUCUAAAAUAUUAUUUAUACUUGCGUGCUUCUUUUAAAAGCUCUAUAAUUUGCUUACGCUUAAGUUACCAGUGGGAGACUCCUUUGUACAGGAUGCCGACUAGAUUAAUGGUACCACAACGGCGUCUAUUUCUGCCGUGAAGCAGUAAUAUGUAAGCAUUACUGUGUUUCGCUCUGAAGGGCGCCGUAGCUAGUGAAAUUAUUGGGUAAAUAAGAAUUAACAUCUUGUCUCAAGGUGAUGAGCGCAUUUGUUUUUUAACGAGGUUUUUGAAGAAUCCUGAGCGGCGUAUCAAUUACCACUGAACGUCCUGCUCGUCUCGUCCCUUAUUUUCUUAAAUAAAAAACUUAUUUUUAGAUUUCUCCUAAGUAAAAUGAAAUAUAUUAGACUACCUAAGAGUCAAUCAAAUUAUUACGACAAUAUAAUGUUGUUACAAUUAUUGUUUUUUUUUUGGAAUCGGUGUUCUCCCGCCGCCGCGGCCCCGAUCUCCCCUCCUGCCUCGCCACGUCGCGCGUGCGAGACAAGCACAUCUCAUCGAUAACUAUGUAGUUACUAAUCUACCUUGACUGACUCUCACUCCUAAAAUAACAAUAAUUGUAACAAGAUCAUAGUGUAGUUGUUCUAUUUUGUGAACUUCAGUUUAGUUUCAACUAACAUAUUCCAACUGCUUAACGCCUAAGCUGUCUAUAUAGUCACAACCUGAGAGUUGAACAAAGCAAACAGAAUUUUAUAACGAGGCGGUACUCAAACGGUUAGCUCAGUUGGUUAGAGCACCGGCACGGAACGCCGCAGGUCGUGGGUUCGAAUCCCGCAUCGUUCAUAAAAUUUUGUUUUUCAAAUUUUAUUUGUCUAUCUAUAUAGAUUUUUUUUUUCUCUUGAAUGUCUAAUUAAUAUGUAAAUUUUCUGUAGUGUAUGUAUCUAUAUGUUACUGUUAAAAUUUAAUAUAUUAGUGUCUGUUUAAUAAAAAGGUAUUCAAAAAGUCACAAAAGUUUACGUGUGUCGUUAGAUGUGACGUUAGCGAAUCUACGAACAAAUAGAGCGAUGAUUUGUUUGUAGUUGAGAGUAAAUUAAACAUUUGUUUAAUAUUGUUUACACGUUUUGUUUGAAAAUAUGUGUAAGCUGCACAUUGGUUUGGUUAGAACUUGCGUGUGCGUGUAAUUAGUUUAACAACUGAUAGAUAUCCAUACUAAAUACUAUUAAAGUUAUUUAUUUAUUGUCCAAUUAGCACAGCAGUGCAAAUUACACUAAUUAGACGAAACGCAAUAAAGAAAAAAAUUACAAACAAAAAAGGAAUAAUUGAUUUAAUUAUACAAUUUCAAUACUCUUCUUCAGAAACUAGGGAAGUCCACCGUUCCCAUAUAAUACUCAAACAAUAUGGGUCCCAUUUAGCAUUCUUGUCCAAGAGCGCGUUGAAAUAUGCCGAUGAAUGCGCUAUAGGUGCCAUGGCUGGGGCAGAUGAGGCGUGACCACGAAAUAUUUAUUUUCUCGUGGGCUAUGAUAAUUACAUUAAUAUAUACACGUUAAUUCGAUCAUUUACAAUUAGUUCUAUUGAAUCCAGAUUUUAAGCCUCCCAUUUAUUUUCCACCAAGCAUUUCAACAAGUUGAUAUUAAUCAAAACGUUUACCUGUCAUAUUCUUAUAAAAAAAAAUUAAAAACCAAUUCGUCCUCCCAUAGAUAGUAUGUAUAUAGUAUUUAAAAACAUGUCAACCCAACGAUCCAAUGAUCUUUUACUGAAAUGCUUAAUGCAGGUUUGAAAUAUGAUUGCGGAUGAAUGUAGAAAGUGGCCGUUUAUAAUUUACUUAGUCAUAUGGUAAGGCCAGCAAGGUGAGAUAAAGAAUGUAACCAAAGUUUCAUCGAUACCUUUGAAUAUUAAAAAUAAUUGAUAUAUUUCAAAGGUUGUCUAGUGCUGCCAGGCUGUGAUUCCAUAGUUACAAUCCACAACAGCAAAAACUUAAAAAAAAAAACUAAAUAAAUACGGAAACUAAAAAUUACGUAUCAUUAGAUAAUUUAGACGUCUAGAUAGAGUUUUUUGCUCUUUUAACAGAUUGGUUAGAUAAAAACAGACCAGAAAUAUUAGUUUACUUAAGAGUACGUGAAUUGCUCAAAAUAGAACUUUUUUUUUAUGGAAUAGGAGGACAAACGAGCGUACGGGUCACCUGUUGUUAAGUGAUCACCGCCGCCCACAAUCUCUUGCAACACCAGAGGAAUCACAGGAGCUCACUUAAUUCUAAACUUAAUUUUUUUCGACGUUUUCACAGCUGUCAUAGUCUAUAGACGUAUAAAUGAUCUAAUUACAAAUCACUUCGAACGCAAUCCAAACAGGAAUGGAUGUUCACAAAAUGGCGGACCAAAUGUUGACAAUUGGUACUGUAUCGGUAUCUCUCUCUAUAUGUAAUCGAUACAGACUGCUUUCCUGUAACACGAAAGCUAUCGUCGACCGAUAAUAACAGAUGAUUACUGCGUACGAGGGAUGGAGACAGAGAUAAUAGUCGCUCGCUAUCGUAAUGUAACUCAGUAACGGUCCGUUUAUUUACAUUCUUUACCUCGUCUCGCUGGCCAUUGAGAAGCUACUUCCGUUUUGCGUUUCCGUUACAUUUUAAAUUAAUUUAGAGAUUCUUGUUAUUAUUGUAGAUAAUUAAAGUAACAGAUUGUAAACAAACAUAUCUAUUGGCUAUAUCAUAAGCUUUACACGUGAGUAUAAAAAACAAAUAAAAAAAUAAAUUUCGGGCGUAAAUGAAAGAAUUAAACAUGACAACUCGAAAACAAAACACUAAAUGUUUUAAUUCUUUUCUUUUGUGUGAAAAUGUAGAAUUAAGUGUUUUAUAAAAAUAUUUUGUCAGAUUGGUAUGUUAAUAAUACAUCAUGGUGGACUGUACUGUUUAAGAUUCUCUACGACUGCGUCACAAGUUAUAAAAAUAAUAUCUCAGGAAUAUCGACCUUUAUACCAUGGUGAUGUUACCUUACAGUAUUGUAUCUUCAUACAAACGGCCGGAACGCACCUAUAUACAUAUUUUUUUAGUUCGGUAGACACUCGAUACACUAGACCCGAAUGUGCCGCAGUACCGAUCAAACCUUGUAUAACGAAUACGGCUUUACGGGCUUGAACCCUUUGCCUAUCCUAAUAAGAAAAAGAUUUCGCAAAUGUCAGAAAAUUUUAGGAACCAACUUCACCCUGUUACUUUUGUUACAGCGAUGCGCGCGCAUCUUAAAAUUUCACUCUCAUCAUUUUUUCAUAACCCGCCUAAAGAAGUAUAACUUAAAAAAAAAUUUGGUAACAUACAUCAUCUCAUGUGUAUGUCUUACUGUUAAUAAUUAGUUACCUUUCGGAAUUUUAGUUAGUUAGUUAGUUGCAUUGAUAGAUCUCAUCCCUGUAUUUAAAAGUUGGAGAAUGAGUGCUUCGUGGUCACUUUUAUCAAAGAACCCAAAAUAAUGACUGGGUUUUCUAAUUAAAUAUCGCCCUUUUUUGACAAAAUAACUUGCUGACGUGGUCGUUUACGAACUAAUAAAACCAGGUCCACUCUGUUGUUAUAUUCUUAAAUAAUAAGAGUGUGUACGUAUAAGUGAUAUAUAAUCUCUUUGUGCCCUUUAGAAUAAGAUUGAAUCUUAUUUUUUUGUGAAUAUUUAAGUUGAUAUUGUAAAUGUUUAUUAUAUUGAAUGUGUAGUUCUAAUCGACAUUCCAAUGUAUUGUGAGAACAAGCGAUAUAACAUACAAAAUAAUGUAUAAUUUUAUUGUUGGUUACUGAACUCUGGUCGCGGAUCACGUACAAUUUCGUACAUUGACCUUAGUGCCUAUGCAUUGCGUUACUGAUUUCUGUAAAGGUUGGGUUAAAAGUACAAGAAACUAUUACUAAUGAUAAAUAACCUGAGUAAGUAACCUACAUCUGAAAUGUUAAAGGUAGAUACUGACCAUCAGGGGCGUGCAUUGGUUUCCCAGCGCGGUAGGUACUCGAAGUCCAACAACUUUCUGUUAUAAGGAUAAAUAUAAGUUCACUUAUCAAUUUUAGAAUUGGUCUACAAAGAGAAACAAUUUUUAUUUUAUUUAGGAACGAAAAUUGUGCAAAAGGAUACUGUAUACCUAAUUUAUGUAAACAAAUCGUAUUUUCCCGACACUGGAAUUCCUCCAUUAUAUUUUAAUUCCUUACUAGUUACCUAUUUUAAACACAAAACACACAGCAACUUCUUUUUUUUUUCCAAUAUAAACACUAAAUAUAAUUAACAAUACACAAAUCAACACAAAACAAAUAACUAAUGUUAUUAGCUUAAUUAAUUAGCUUGCCUACCCCGGAUGUGUUAAAGAUGUCAAAUUACGAUGGCCAUAUUUAAGAACGAUAUUCAUAGUAAUUGUAUAUUUUUUGCCCAGGUCGUAUUACCUUGACAAAUAAAUUUUGUUAUAGAAAUUGAACGUAUUCUACUAGCCUUCAGUAAACAUUAUCGGAAUUGCCUACUUUAGAUAUUUAGUACAUCGCGUAACAAAAAACUUACUGGUUGGGUGUUCAAUAGAAGUUCGAUUAUAGAAUAUAAGAACUAAAUUUAUCUGAAUUAUCUUGGAAUCUAGUGUAGGUAUAUUAUUUAGACUCUAAAUAUGGUAGGUAAGCUAUGCCUAUUGGCAUAUAUGGAAUGCACGCCCCUGCUGACCAUGUAAAUUCUUUGAAAAAAGAAAUGUUUUAAUAAAACUACAAUCUAUUAAAAUGACAACUGCACCAAGAUGGCGGCUCGGCUGCUUGAUACAUCAGUGUUACCAGUUCGAAUAUUUUUACCCAGUCUGAAUAAAAGUGUUAUUGUAUAGUUGGUUGGGGGGGAAUUUGGUUUUAUAUUUUAUCUCUUAUAUGUUAUGUGUAUACUGUAUAUGUUAUCGUUAUGUUCUUAUUGCAUGUUCAUCAUGAAAAUGGCGCCCAACCCUAAGAGAUUUUAAUGAUAAUUUGACGGUGAAUAGAAUUUAUAUAGAAGUUUUUAAGAAAAUACCAAUUUAUGUUCAAAAAUUGUAAGGAAAUUGAUGACGUAAUGGUCAAAAUGAAUUGCGUUCAAAUGAUAUUCAUGAACAUAAUAAUUUCUAAAUAUUAUAAACUUUUAUUUAUCGAAUAAGUAUUUUAAAAAAGCUGCCCCAACUUCUUAUCCUCGUUACCACCAUAUCGGAUGAUAUACUUACUGCAACUUGUAAAGCAACCAAAUAAUUACCAAUCAACUAAAUUGUUAUGUUUUUUUCCGAUCGUUAGUCAAAAAGCGUUUUUCACACGAAAGUUUCGUCAACGAACAAUGGCGAAGUUUCAUACUACAAAAUAUUUGAAAUUGAAUGGAAGCGUCUCAAGAACUGACGUGUUCUAAUUAAUUCUCUAUAAUUUUCUGCAUCUACUGACAUUAUUCAUUUUUAAUUUGGAACCGGGAUAAUGGAGAAAUAAAUGAUUAUUUUUUUUGAGUUUUUAGGUUAGGUUUUUAUUUUUAUUACUUUACCGUUCUAACUAUAUAUUAUACUUAUCUAUUAUAUUCCAACUAACAUGUUCCAACAACAAUAACACUGAAUAACACCAAUUCCAAAAAUCUUUAAGGAUAGGAACUAGUAACCAUAGGCAAAUAGUUAAUAAAUACCUACCUAAUUACUAACGUCUACGGUAGAUACUACUGUCUACGGUCAACAACUCUGAGUAUUAUAUUAUGAUAAAAUGGAAACUUGUUACUUGAUGCCAUGGUAAUAACAUUUUAUUUGCAACAAACCAGAGUUGGUUGUCCAUAGCUUUAUAAGUAAUUUUAUAAGAGGGAAGUCAAAUGCGCAAUCCAUAGUCGUAGCUACUUCUAAAGUGUGCCUAACCUACGCCCGAAUUUAAGGCUCGGGUCGACUUUUAAACUAAGUACUUCCAUUUUUAUAAUCUUAAAAAACUGGUAAAAUAAGUACCUACCUAGAUUUUUAAUGUCUUUUUCUCAAUCCAAGAUCUUAUUUUGUAGAAGUAGGUAGCAGUAAAUUAAACAAGCAAAAUAUUUUAUUUUGUUUAUUGUUAUAUAAACAGCGUACGUUAGACCAAAUCGUGGGGCAUAUCAUAGUCCGGUAAUGGUGGUGGAGGAAAUGAGGUUCAGAGUUUAAAACGAGAGAAAGAUAUUAUUCAAGUCCAAAACCAAGCCAUGUAAAACAGAAACUACUUAUUAAAAUAAAGAAAGCACAAAACAACACAACAGCGGUAACUACAUAUAAUUGAUAGGUAUUAUUAGCAUUAGGUAGAUCAUAGGUGACAGGUAUAGAAAUUAGAAACUCAUUGAUCACUCGCUCAUCGCUGUCAGUCAUAUUGACAGAUAGCUUUCCUUGAUCUAACCUAAAAUGGAUGUGAUUUCAUAGUCGUGACAGCAUAUACUGUGUGAAAAUGAAAUAAAUAUUUUAUUUAUUACCCCGGUUCCUUUUGCAAUACAAUUUUAUCUACGAAGUUUUUUUUUGUAACUAUCCUAACCUUAGACGGUUAUUCCUAUAGUCAGGUAAAAUUUCGCCAUUGUUCUUUGUUAAAACAGCGUUCGUUGUGUGCCUUGUGGCAUUUUGUGAUUUGGAUUUUUAACGCCACGCUUUUUAACUAACGCUGAGGAUGUUGCUAAGGCACGGACAUAAUAAUAUAAUAGUGUAUGGAGAAUGGUGUAGAAAUUGUCCGUAAAGAAUUUUAAAAUGGUAGAAUUCUGGAGAAUCUGUUGUAAUGAUUUUGAUAGUUACGUCAUAAAAAGUACUUACCUAGUUUUGUUAAAUGUAAUAUAUUGGAUAAUGAAGGGUAUUUACAUAUACUAUGUUUGUGAUUCUUGUUAUUGAUAAUGUAUGUUCUAUAUAAAGGAAUAUGAUACGGUG